GCCUAGCAACCGUUGCCAAGGAGUUCGUCUCUAGGAACUCACUAGAGCCCGGAUGACUCCUGGGGGGGCAAGUGGUUUCGUGAGGAGAAUUUGAGGCAAUGAGACGCCUACAAAAUGAUUUGGAAUGGGAGAGGCAGAGACUGGAACUACUGAAGGCAAAAGAAAUGAAGGCCUUAAUUACUCAAGGGUGGCAGAGUUGAUGCAUCCAUGUGUGAAGAGUUCCUGUUGGAGGAAACCAAAACAAAACCAAACAGCGCACCCCCAAGGCUGAAGCUUGCAGCCUCUACCCAGCUUCAGUUUAAAUUAUAAGACCUAAUUAUGAGUGAUCAAAUCAAAUUCAUCGUGGACAAUCUCAAUAAGGAGCCUUUUGGGAAGAACUAUAACUUAAUCACAUUUGAUUCCCUGGAGCCAAUGCAACUAUUACAAGUUCUCAGUGAUGUUCUGGCUGAGAUUGACCCAAAGCAAGUUGUUGAUAUCAGAGAGGAGAUGCCAGAGCAGACAGCCAAAAGGAUGUUGAGCCUUCUUGGUAUCCUUAAAUACAAACCUCCAGGAAAUGCCACGGACAUGAGUAACUUUCGUCAGGGUCUGGUGAUUGGAAGUAAACCUGUAAUUUACCCAGUGCUCCACUGGCUUCUUCAGAGGACUAAUGAACUGAAGAAAAGAGCAUAUUUAGCUCGUUUUUUAAUAAAACUUGAGGUACCAAGUGAGUUUCUUCAGGAUGAAACCGUGGCUGAUACCAAUAAACAGUAUGAAGAUUUGAUGGAAGCCUUUAAAACUUUGCAUAAAGAAUGUGAGCAGCUCAAGACAUCUGGAUUUUCUACAGCAGAAAUAAGAAGGGAUAUCAGUGCAAUGGAGGAAGAAAAGGAUCAGCUCAUUAAGAGAGUUGAACGUUUGAAGAAAAGGGUGGAGACAGUUCAGAAUCAUCAACGGAUGCUUAAAAUAGCAAGGCAACUUCGAGUUGAGAAAGAGAGAGAAGAAUUUCUUGCACAACAGAAACAGGAACAAAAGAAUCAGCUAUUUCAUGCAGUGCAGAGACUGCAAAGAAUACAAAACCAGUUGAAAAGUAUGCGCCAUGCAGCAGCAGAUGCGAAGCCUGAAAGUUUAAUGAAGAGGCUAGAGGAGGAGAUAAAGUUUAAUUCAUAUAUGGUAACUGAAAAAUUUCCUAAAGAAUUAGAGAACAAGAAAAAAGAAUUGCAGUUUUUACAGAAGGUGGUUUCAGAGCCUGCUAUGGGUCAUUCUGAUCUUCUUGAACUUGAAUCUAAAAUAAAUGAAAUAAACACACAGAUCAGUCAGCUGAUUGAAAAGAAAAUGAUGAGAAAUGAGCCAAUUGAAGGCAAACUGUCACUAUAUAGGCAACAGGCAUCCAUCAUUUCUCGUAAAAAAGAAGCCAAAGCUGAGGAACUUCAGGAGGCAAAGGAGAAGUUAGCCAACCUAGAGAGAGAAGUGUCAGUGAAGACAAAUCAGACCCGUGAAUUUGAUGGCACCGAAGUUUUGAAGGGAGAUGAAUUCAAACGAUAUGUCAGUAAACUUCGAAGCAAGAGUACAGUUUUCAAAAAGAAGCAUCAGAUAAUAGCUGAAUUUAAAGCUGAAUUUGGUCUCUUGCAGAGGACAGAAGAACUUCUUAAGCAACGUCAUGAAAAUAUUCAACAUCAACUGCAAACUAUUGAGGAGAAAAAGGGUAUAUCUGGAUAUAGUUACACCCAAGAAGAGCUAGAAAGAGUAUCCGCCCUGAAGAGUGAAGUUGAUGAAAUGAAAGGACGAACACUGGAUGACAUGUCUGAAAUGGUGAAAAGACUAAAUUCUCUGGUAUCUGAAAAGAAAUCAGCUCUAGCUCCAGUUAUAAAAGAACUACGACAAUUGCGUCAGAAAUGUCAAGAAUUAACCCAGGAGUGUGAUGAAAAGAAAUCCCAGUAUGAUAGCUGUGCAGCUGGCCUUGAAAGCAAUCGGUCCAAAUUAGAACAGGAAGUCAGAGGACUCCGUGAAGAAUGUCUUCAAGACGAAAGUAGAUACCAUUAUACAAAUUGUAUGAUUAAGAACCUAGAAGUACAACUUUGUCGUGCUACUGAUGAAAUGAAGGCAUAUGUCUCUUCUGAUCAACAAGAAAAAAGAAAGGCAAUUAGGGAACAGUAUACCAAAAAUAUUGCUGAACAGGAAAAUCUUGGAAAGAAACUCCGGGAAAAACAAAAAGCUGUACGAGAAAGUCAUGGUCCAAAUAUGAAACAAGUGAAAAUGUGGCGUGAUUUUGAACAAUUGAUGGAAUGUAAGAAACAGUGCUUUCUGAAACAACAAAGCCAAACUUCCAUUGGUCAGGUAAUUCAGGAGGGAGGAGAGGACCGGCUGAUACUCUGAGUUCAUGUGUCAUUGUUUGGGGUUUUAGUUGAUACUGCUAGCUAUAAGCAUAAUCCCAUGGUGUAUUCCCUUUCUUGAAAGUGAUUUGUACAACAUUUUGCUUUCAGAUUAGCCAUUCCCUAUUAAGUUUUCUUGGAAAAUAAUGUUAAGGUAGAUUUAGGUUUUAAAAGUUUUUCAAUAUGAAAAAGAGGCUUUUAUUUUUUUGCUUAGUUUAGACAUCAGUGGUGUCUUCUGUGUUUUAUGAGACAGGAGACUGAGUUUACUGUCUGUAAAUGUAAACAUAUGUCCAUUAAGAAACAUGUAGGGUUUUUUUUAGCAUAAUAACCAAGUGGCUUAAUGUUUUUCUUAAUCUUUUUUUAACUUUAGAGGAAUAUUUUAGGAAUUAAUAUCUCUUGUUUUGAAGAAACAUUUAUCUGAAGUUCAGCAAU